UCAAUCCGAUCAAUUUUCUUUGUAAAGUUGAUUUUUUAAUUCUUUCAUAUAAUCGAAAGCAUGUUUGCUUUACUUUCUAUAUAUCUUAUAAUAUUAUGGAGUCAGCGUGACUUUUUAUUCACCGAAGCACUUGUCGGUAAUACCAAUAAUGUCAGAUUUAUAUUAGAAAAUGAAUAUCCCCCGGUAGCUUGUAUAGCCGAGUAUAAUACCAAUCCCACGUUGGGCAUGACUUUCAUAUGUACAGGAGUAUUUAUUUCGUCAACUCAUGUUUUAACGGUUGAGCAUUGCUUAUAUAAUAUUCAGUCUAAUAAAGUUCAAGUACUCGUUGGGCCUGGUGAAUUAUCACGAAGUGUAACAUAUUCUUCAAUAUGGUGGAUAAGCUUUAAUCAAUGGGCAUCAUCUAAUCAUUUGCUUCCAGUAAUAAGCAAUAAUGAUAUUUCCAUUAUAAAAAAACGAAAAGUUUCCUAUUACUAA